AUGAGUAGUAUUAUUCUUCGAGGACGACUCCUUCCUCCUCUUCCUAUAAAACUCCACCUUCACCCGUCUCCAUCCCAUUCUCAUUCCAACUUGAAAUUCACAUCCAAAUCUUCUCCUUCUCCUCCAACGAUAACCAUGGCCAGCAUCAAAGUCCACGGAGUCCCCAUGUCCACCGCCACCAUGCGUGUUCUAGCCGCUCUUUACGAGAAGGAACUCGACUUUGAGUUGAUCCCAGUCGAUAUGAGAGCCGGUGCUCACAAGCAGGAGCCCUUCGUUUCCCUCAACCCUUUUGGUCAAAUCCCUGCUCUUGAAGACGGUGACUUAACGCUAUUCGAGUCUCGAGCCAUCUCAGAGUACAUAGCUGAUGAAUACAGUGAGAAAGGUGAGAAGCUUCUCUGCCCAGGCUGCAAGAAAGUCAAGGCACUCAUCAAAGUCUGGCUCCAAGUAGAAGGUCAACAGUUUGACCCUAUCGCCUCCAAGAUUGCCUUCGAGCGUGUCUUCAAAGGCAUGUUUGGCAUGACCACUGACCCAGCCGCUGUCCAAGAGCUCGAAGGCAAGCUCGUCAAGGUCUUGGAUAUCUACGAGGCAAGGCUCGAGAAAUCUGAGUUCCUCGCUUGUGAUUGCUUCACUUUGGCUGAUCUCAACCACCUCCCUGUCAUCCACUACUUGAUGGGUACCGACUCCAAGGCCCUCUUUGAGUCUCGCCCUAAGGUUAGCGAGUGGGUCAAGAAGAUCACUGCCAGGCCUGCUUGGGCUAAGGUCGUUGACCUCCAGAAACAGUAA